AUGAAGGUCAUUGCAAUGAGAGACAACCGAGACAUGAAAACGACUAGCACAGCCAAGAUCUUCAGUGAUCUUAAGGCGUACGAGUUUGAACAUGAACCGAAAGAUGUCGAAGAAUCAGAAACGAGAAAUGUAUCUCUCGUGGCCAACCAACAAUCAACAACAUCUAACAGGUCAAAAUCUAACUCUUGUGAAUUUCUAUCUGAUGAACAGUAUGCCCUAUUUGUUAGGAAGAUGAAGAGGUUCAUGAGGAAGAACAACUUUCAAGACUCACAUCGUUCGGGCCACCGAAAGCAAUACGAAAGUUCACCUCAAACCUCAAAGCUAGAAACUUCAGACUCGCAAUUGCUGUGCUACAACUGUCGGAAACCAGGACACUUCAAGGCCAACUGUCCUCACCCAAUAGUAAGCAAACAUCAAGACAGCAACACUACCAAAAGUCCAUCCAAGGAGACUGGAGAAAAAUACAAAAGAAAUGACAAGCCGGAAUCAUCAAGCUCCAAAAGCGAAAGAAGAAGAAAGGCUAUGGUAGUGAACGAAACUCCUGACACUGUUGAGACCGAAAGCAGUUCCUCAAGCUCGAGUUCAGACGACGAAAGCACUGAAGAAGAAAAAAGACUGUUAUGCCUGUUCAGCCAAGAAUCAGAAGAUCUAUGCCUUAUGGCUGACGAGGAUGAGGUAAAUUCUCAAUCAUCUUCUUGUUAUUCAGAAGAGUCUAGUUCUGUGGGGAGUCAAACUUCCAAUGAAUCUGUUACCGAAAUGAUGAGGAGGUUCAAAGUGAUCAAAAGCACAUACUCCAAGCUUAAGGAGGAGAACUCUCGGCUCAUGAUUAGCUACAAUGCGCUAAGGCAAGUUCGAGUUGAGAACAUAAUUCUUACCAUUGCUAAAGAGCAACUUGAGAAAAAUGUUCUCGCUCUAAAGGAGCAGACAAACAAGUCAUAUGGUAUGUCGAUAGUUGAUGCUCAAGACAUAUGA